UUGUCAUUGACGAGACGAGCAGCAGCAGCAGCGGCGGUGACUGUGGUGGUGUCAGCGGCCACUGGGGAGACAAAGGCGGCCGGGCGUGCUGUUGGCCACCCACUGUCAUCGUGUGCUGACAGCACUUACGUCAAUAACGCAGUUGCGAAGCGGCUGUAUCGUGGUGCGACUCAUCUGACGUCAGCAACACACACACGGGAAGCCAUGGCUGCUGCCAGGCCAACGCUACGGGAAUGGGUGCUGGGACUGGUGGACCGCAAUGAACUGGGCCUCGCGUGGGUUGACAGAGACCACUCGUGCUUCAGCAUCCCCUGGGGCAGGAGUCCUGGAGCUUGCGACUUAAUCCAGCGAUGGGCGACGGUGUUCGGCAAGGACACGGGCACCGAGGAUUUUGCCAAGUGGAAGCACGGCCUGCGCUGUGCCCUCGACACGCAGUUCACCUACAAGUCCGAGGGCAUCGAGCGGUCUCAACGUCGCCUCUACAACCGCACCCGCCCUGCCAAGAGCAAAGCCAGCCCAUCGUCCCAGUCUCAAGCAAGCCCAUCUUCCCAGAUCCACACCAGCCCAUCGUCCCAGUCUCAAGCAAGCCCAUCUUCCCAGUUCCACACCAGCCCAUCGUCCCAGUCUCAAGCAAGCCCAUCUUCCCAGUUCCACACCAGCCCAUCGUCCCAGUCUCAAGGCAGCCCAUUCUACCAGUUUCACACUAGCACCGCGUCAACACCUACAUUGCUGGACCCGCUAGAUGACUUGGAGGAUCUGACUGCUGAAUUUGCCCCAAAUCCGCAUCUCCCCGUGCAGGAGAGCGAGAGGGCUGGAUCGAUUACAUCAACGUUCUGCUUCAACGGGAUGAUGGACAGCCUGGGCGCGGCCGGCCCGGAGCCUUCUGCUGAAAACCGGCACGUGGACUUUGUGAACUCGGUAUCCGAGGUGACAGAGGCGGAGAUGUUUGUAGCUGCCGUCAACCCCUACACCCAGAUUCAGCAAAUGGCAGUCACGAACCUGGAAUUCACGGUUCUCUACAGAGGGAGCGAGGUGUUUAAGACGGUGACCGGGACAAGCCGCUGUAUCAUCUGCCAUGAUCCCCCACAAUCCUCUGUACCAUCACCACCGCAGGACAUGGCCGUCAUCUCGCUGCCGCCGCCCGUGGGCUACGACGAGCAGCGGCGCUUGACGGCGCGAAUCCUGGAGCCGCUGGCGCGCAUAUCGGCAGACGUGGGCGGCGUGGUGCUGGAGGUGGACCGCCACGGCCUGUACGCGACGCGCCACGCGCUCAGCCGCGUGUACUGGUCGGGGCCCAGCACGCCACGCCACGCCGCGUCCGUCAAGUUGCCCCGCGGCGAGCGCGUCUGCCUCUUCAACGUUGCAACGUUCGUGCAAGACUUGAUCCAGUUUAUGAAAGGUUCACCUCCAAGGCCUCAGCCGUCGUUUGAGAUCCUUCUGUGCUUCGGGCAAGAUUGGCCCAACGGGAAGAUGGCUGAGAAACUGAUUAUGGUGCAGGUGCAGCACAAUUUGGCCCGCCUGCUGGUGGACAUUGCCCGGCAGGGCGGGGCCUCCUCGUUGGACGGCUCCACCGUUAGGUUACAGAUCUCCGACCCCCUGAGCAACGAGAUGAUGGAUGUGGACCAGUUGGACGAAGUUUUGAAGUGGAUCAACGAUGAUGGCGGACACCAGUAGCGUUUUGGGCCCCCGAGGCCCGAGGAGGCUGGGCCGUCGUGCGGCGUCGUCGCUGACAAACAGGGGUGAUUUUUAUUCUUGGUUCUUUCGGUAAAGUCACGUAGAAGGGAGAUAAUAAAAUAAUAUAAGACAAUAAAAAUUCGAACGACGUUUUGACUGCAACACAAGCAAAUCAUCAUCAGGUGUGAAAUCCGCAGCAAGAAAAUUUGAAAAAAGUGACGGUUUUUCCUAACGUCAGCACCAAGGACAGCAAUUUGUCUGAUUUUGUUAGUUCGUUCAUUGCGAAUCAAAAAAAUGAUAUUUUUUGCUUCAAAAUAUUUACGAAGCGAUGCGCCCGUGCUAGUUGUACAAUGCCAUCGCUUUCUGACAGUAUGUACAUAAUAAAAAAAGCAUUGGGGGUGUGACAUUGAAUGGAUUAGGAGACUCGUGGCAGGCAGGCUUUAGUUAAAAUACGAGCAAUAUUUGACCAAAUUUUGAGCUAAUUUUCAGAGAGAGAGAGAGGGGCGGGGGGGACGCUUUGUAAAAUAAAGAUUGUUACGUUUAGGUACCGCAGUGACCUGCACAGUUUUGAUAACAGACCUGGUGCUGAGAAGCAAGUACUGUACUGGCUUGGUCUGUGCAAAUGAUGACAAUCGGAAUUGUACCCUACCGAUAUGCUCCCGCGUCUACGUUGCCUACCUUCGCCAAACCCGCGCUAACCAGCGCAGGUGAAGUACCGUUAAACGAACUCCUGCCGACUCGUUCGGUAUGGGCGUGGCCCUCAUCCAGCAGUGGAUUGACGGAAGGGUUCUUGCGUAUUCGUGCGUAGUUAUUUACAAUGCACCAGGGGCGGUUUCUUCAUUAGGGCGAUUGGGCGACGCACCACCAAUGUCAUUCAACCACAGAGUCACGCUAGCCGUCACUGUCAGCCUCUGGAUAUAGUCCAAUCAGCGUCAUGUCACGUUCUGUGGAGUACCGCCUCUUUUUGGGCGAUUUCACUACGGCUGAGAAUCGCCCCGAGUGGCCCCAUAGACUUACAUUCAAAGAUGUUUUUUUUCGAACGGGGGCGCUGCAAUGCAUUCUCUAUGGCUUCCGGGAGGGCAUGCACUAACGUGCUUACGUCAUCAUACGUGCUAACGUAAGCACGUUUUAUCCAACAAUAUCAUUUAUCGCACCUAGUGGAAUCUUUAAUAAAAUAAACUUGAGUGGUUUGUUUUAAUAGUGAGUAUAUAAACAAACAAGAUGUAUUGUAAGAGUCACUUUAUUUUUCAUUAAUAUUAAAGAAGUGAAGUUGCCUUUA